CCGGACUCGACAGCAACGAUGGACGAUCUGUUUUCUUUCCUGGAAGAAGGUGCCGGGCAGGAUGACCCUAUGCCGAUGGAUCAGCCAGUAGCUACGGCACCGCUGAAACGUAAAGCGGACUCGCCGAAACCCACGAACGGGAAGCAGGGUGUGGUUGAAGAAGAGAACAAUGAAGCUGGACCCUCCUCUCCCAAACGAGCGCGCGUUGAAGUAAAAACCACUGUCGUGUUGGAUGAUUUUGAGACGGAAGCAAAACGAGAAGUCGCUGCAAGUGCCGGACUGACUGGAUCUGCUGUGGAGGGGACGCGCUUAGAGUUAAGACAUCAGGUCCGGCAUCAAGUUUCUGUGCCUGCAGGCUACAACUACAUUCCCAUUUCUCAACAUGUUCCCCCUGCCAAACCCGCUCGAGAGUACAAAUUCGAGCUGGAUCCCUUCCAGCGUGUCUCUGUCUACGCCAUCCAGCGCAAUGAAAGCGUUCUCGUCUCCGCACACACUAGUGCCGGGAAGACCGUGGUUGCAGAGUACGCCAUAGCGCAGUGUCUAAAUAACAAGCAACGUGUGAUAUAUACGAGUCCUAUCAAGGCUCUGAGUAACCAGAAGUACCGGGAUAUGCUGGCCGAGUUUGGCGACGUUGGGCUUAUGACUGGAGAUGUCACUAUAAACCCGUCGGCCUCGUGUCUGGUUAUGACCACAGAAAUUCUGCGUUCGAUGCUCUACCGUGGUUCGGAAGUCAUGCGCGAGGUCGCCUGGGUCAUCUUCGACGAGAUCCACUACAUGCGCGACAAAGAGCGUGGAGUCGUGUGGGAGGAAACUAUCAUUCUGCUUCCGCACACCGUCCGCUACGUCUUUCUCUCUGCCACGAUCCCCAACGCGAUGCAGUUCGCGGAGUGGAUAUCCAAGUCUCACGAGCAGCCGUGCCAUGUGGUCUACACCAAUUACCGACCAACGCCGUUGCAAAACUACAUGUUCCCAUGUGGGGGAGAGGGGAUUUAUCUCGUGGUCAAUGAAAACGGUGAAUUUCGGGAGGAUAACUUCAGUAAAGCGAUGGCCAAGCUGCAAGAGGGGAAAGGCGAAGACCCCGCCGACGCCAAUGGGGGCAAAGGUAGGAAGGGAAAGACAAGGAAGGGCGGCAAUAAAGGACCCUCGGACAUCUCGCGGUUGAUCAAAAUGAUCAUGCUCAAAAACUACAACCCUGUGAUCGUGUUCGCAUUCGCCAAACGGGAAUGUGAAGCUCUGGCUCUCACGCUGUCCAAAUUUGAGUUCAAUUCGACGGACGAACAAGAUCUGGUCACCAACAUCUUCAACAAUGCGGUGGAGAAUCUGACCCCAGCUGACCGGGAUCUCCCGCAGAUAGCGAACCUCCUCCCGCUAUUACGCCGCGGCAUCGGCAUCCACCAUGGCGGACUACUGCCCAUCUUGAAAGAGGUGAUCGAGAUUCUGUUCCAGGAGGGCCUGAUCAAGGUCCUGUUCGCCACGGAGACUUUCUCGAUCGGCCUGAACAUGCCCGCGAAGACGGUCGUUUUUACGACGACGCGCAAGUUCGACGGGCGGGAGUUCCGGGAUCUGACGUCGGGCGAGUACAUCCAGAUGUCUGGGCGCGCAGGUCGGCGUGGGCUGGACGAGCGGGGUGUGGUCAUCAUGAUGUGUGACGAGAAGCUGGAGCCCAGCGCGGCCAUCAAUAUGGUCAAGGGCGAGGCGGAUCGACUCGACUCGGCUUUCCAUCUGGGAUACAACAUGGUGCUCAAUCUGAUGAAAGUCGAGGGGAUCAGCCCGGAGUACAUGCUCGAAAAGUGCUUCUUCCAGUUCCAGAGUAAUGCGGGUGUCCCUCAGCUGGAGGAGGAGCUCAAAAAGGAGGAAGCAAACAAGUCCAGCGUUGUCAUUCCAGACGAACAGCUCGUUUCCGACUACUACCAAUAUCGACACCAACUGCAGCAGAUGAACGCCGACUUCCGCGAAGUCAUCACACAUCCUACCUACUCACUUCCUUUCUUACAACCCGGUCGUCUAGUGAAGGUCAAGCACGAGAAGCUUGACUUUGGCUGGGGUGUGAUCAUCAGCUUUUCGAAGCGCCUGCCACCUAAAAACCGCCCCAUGUUCAAGCCCGAAGAGCUGUCACCGCACGAGCAAUACGUCGUCGAUGUGCUGCUGAAUUGCGCACCGGGCGGCGCACUGCCCAAGGACCGGCAAGUCGUCACUGCCACCCCCAGCACGAUCCUGCCUGCGCCAAAAGGCAAGAAGGGGGUCCCACUCGUCGUUCCUGUGCUGCUGUCGACGAUCGAAGCCAUCAGCCACCUGCGCAUCUUCUUGCCCAAGGACCUGAGACCGGAUCCUGCGCGGGAGACGGUUUGGAAGAGCAUUGUCGAGAUCGAGCGUCGUUUCCCGGAGGGCAUCGCCUUGCUAGAUCCGAUCGAGAACCUGGGCAUCAAGGAUGAAAAGUUCACUGCGUUGAUCCAGAAAAUCCGCGUGAUGGAACAAAAGAUGGCCUCGAGUCCGAUGCAUACAGACCCACGCCUGCCGGAGCUGUUUGAGAAAUAUGCCAAGCGCGAGGCCACCAAAGAGCGCAUCCGGGCGCUCAAGCGGCGGAUCCAGGCAACGCGGGACAUCCUGCAGAUGGAAGAGCUCAAGUCGAGGAAGCGCGUUCUCCGGCGGUUAGGCUUCACCGAUUCGUCGGACAUCGUCGACAUGAAAGGGCGGGUGGCGUGUGAGAUCAGCUCCGGGGACGAGCUCCUGCUGACGGAGCUCAUCUUCAACGGCGCCUUCAACACACUUUCUCCCGAGCAAUGCGCUGCGCUGCUCAGCUGCUUCGUUUUUACCGAGAAGAGCGAACAAACGACGAAACUGAAGGAAGAGCUGGCCGCCCCGUUGCGAUCGAUGCAAGAGUUUGCCAAGCGAAUCGCCAAAGUGUCGAAAGAGUCCAAAAUUGAGAUCGACGAAACGGAGUAUGUCCAGUCGUUCAAGGUCGAGCUCAUGGAUGCGGUGGUGCAGUGGUGUCGCGGAGCGUCGUUCUCUGACAUCUGCCAGCUGACGGACCAGUUCGAAGGCAGCAUCAUCCGCGUCUUCCGACGACUGGGGGAGCUGCUGCGGCAGAUGGCACAGGCAGCCACAGUCAUCGGAAACAACGAGCUGAAGGAAAAGUUUGAAAAGGCAUCUGAGAUGUUGGAGCGUCCGAAUUCAGUCAUCUUCUGCUCUUCCCUUUAUCUGUAGAUUUAGGAUUCUGUGCAGUAGGACCCAUGUUUGUGUAUGAAUCGCCAGCUGAUGGGAAAGCAGACCUCACACUCUGGGUCG